UUUGGGGCUAUCAUGGCGGUCGCCGGUGGCGUUAUUGCCGUUCGUUUGUGGAAAACCAAGAAGGAGUCCAAUCCGUACUGGUGGCGAAUCCCGCUGGACCAGAUCGACGUAAAGGCGCAUAAAAGCCUCGCACUGUCCAGACGCUCCAUGAGAAGUUCGAUGACACUGGCCACCAUGACAACCAGCGCCCAGUUGUCCGCCCAGAUGGUUGGACUUUUCGGGCUGUACAAUGAGAACAUGGUCGGACUGAUUGAUGUGGCCGAUCACCGGCUCCAGCCCAACAAAGACUUGGUGGAUCAAUUGCUGACAAUCAAGAAAACGGAACACAGCAAUCUACAGCGCUUUAUCGGCAUCGCCCUGGAUGACAGCAAUACCUGCAUAUACAUCGUGGGCGAGAUGUGCGUAAAAGGCAGUCUGACGAAUGUCAUUGAGAAUCCGGUACUGAAAUUGGAUUGGUUCUUCAAGAACCUCAUGAUACGCGAUCUGGUUAGGGGAAUGGAGUACCUGCAUUCGACGCCCAUCACGUCGCACGGUGGCCUGACAUCCAACACGUGCUUAUUCGAUAAUCGUUUCACGCUGAAAAUCUCCGGUUAUGGUCUGUCGUAUUUCCGCCGGAAGAAAGAUCUACUGCCACCUGAUCCAACGGAUUAUGAGCGGGACUGGGAUCACCUGUUGUGGCGGGCGCCGGAACUGUUACGACAGCCUAUGCCGCCGAAGGGCACACCGAGAGGCGAUGUGUACAGCUUUGCCAUCAUCCUCCAGCAAAUUAUUCUGCGUUCCGGCCCUUACGAAAUGCCGGACGACUUUAACUCGGAAAUGGAAUCGCCGCGGGAAAUUGUUAUGGAG